CGGGGAGCCAUGGCGAGGAGAUGGUGCGCUGAGUCAUUUCCCUGAGCGGCUUCUGUACCACUCCAAAGCAAGAAUCCUUCGAAGAAUAAAACGUGUGAGGGCACACCAGCAUUUUCCUGGCUAGAAAGCCAACCCUCAAGUGAAUGUAUUGAAGAUCCUAGACUUGGUGGGACCAAUAUCUCUACCUCCAGUUUUAUGAAUACUGCUAGCCAUGGCUGUGGAACUCUGUUUGCUGUUGCUGCUGUUUUGUGGAAGUACUGUUUCAGAGGUACAGCCUAUAUACAGACCACCUCCUGGGACUCUGGAUUUUGGAUUUGUUCCAACCAAGAUGUAUGAUACAGGUGCAUACCAUGAACCUGGGCCAAUAGGGAUUUUGUUUAAAAUAGUACAUGCAUUCCUGUACUUAGUGCAACCAAAUUCUUUUCCUCAAGAUCUCAUCAGAAAACUAGCACAGCAGAAGUUUGGAAAUACACAGGGCGAUUAUCAGAAGCCAGAAAAUGUUGUCCUGACUCUUCAGGUCAUCUACUAUGAAAUCGGGUUUAUAGUCUCCGCAGCCUUGGGAGUGCUGUUUAUUGUGUUACUGCCUCUCGUGGGACUUUGCUUCUGUAUGUGUCGUUGCUGUGACAACUGUGGUGGGGAAAUGCAUCAAAGACAGAAGAAAAAUGCUGACUGUCAGAGGAGCUGUUUUGCAACAUUUCUCUUUGUUGCUUCUUUAAUAAUAAGCGUUGGAGUGCUCUGUGCCUACGCUGCCAACCAGCAUUUAACUAACCAAGUCCGAGGAGCAAAGAAAUUGGUUAACAGUAAUUUCAAAGAUCUGAAAAUUUUCCUUAACGACACUCCAGCGCAAAUUGAUUACUUGGUGAGCCAGUACAACACAACUAAGGAUAAAGCACUCUCUGACCUAAAUAAUGUUGGACCUUUGCUUGGAGUUAGAGUUCAGGAACAGCUGGGAAAAGAAGUACGUCCUGCACUUGAUGCAGCUCUGACAAUGGCAGGAGUCAAAGUGGAAAGGGCUAUCAAAGCCAUCAGAGAAACGAAGGAAGCACUGGAAAAUGUGAGUGUCUCUGUAGAGGUUUUGCAGGAGGGAACAGAGAGGCUUCAUGCAAACUUGUCAGAUGUUAAGAUGCAUCUAAACAACACCCUCAGUGAUGCUGCAUGCUCUGCAGCUCAGGCUGCCUCAACUUGCAAUAUCAUCAGGAAUUCCUUGAAUCAGCUGAACAUCAAUGCCAAUUUUAGUGGGCUCCCAGGAGUGAGCUCACAGCUUGCCAAGAUCAAUGAUGUCCUUAAGAUAGACCUUUCCAGUCUGGUUCAAAAGGGUUAUGCAGCAUUUAAUGAUACUCCAGACUUGGUGGUGAAUCAAACCAGAAACAUUUUAUCAGAUAUCAAAAACGUGCUGGAAUCCAUUGGUGCAAACAUUAGUACCUUCGCAAAAGCACUGCCUGUUCAGAAGGUUUUAGCAGAUCUGACAGUGUAUCUCACACAGAGUGAAGCAUAUGUUCAAGAUUAUUUUCCACUAGUGGAGCAGUAUGAUUUUUACAGGUGGCUGGGUUGUCUCAUUCUGUGCUGCAUGGUGGUCCUGAUUCUGGUCUUUUACUAUCUUGGAUUGCUAUGUGGCACCUGUGGUUAUGAUAAACAUGCUUCUCCAACAACCAGAGGCUGCAUCUCCAACACUGGGGGAAACUUUCUAAUGGCUGGUGUUGGAUUCAGUUUCCUCUUCUCCUGGGUGCUGAUGGUUGUAGUGGUGCUCACUUUUGUCACAGGUGGAAAUGUAGAAAAACUGGUCUGUGAGCCCUUUGAAGAUAAAACUUUAUUCAAGGUUUUGGAUACUCCCUACUUACUAAAUCAACACUGGAGAAACUAUCUCUCUGGCAUCCUGUUUAAAAAUCCCAAUAUUAACUUGACUUUUGAAAAAGUUUACAGUGAUUGCAAGGAAAACAAAGGAAUUUAUACUUCCCUUCACCUAGAACACUUAUUCAAUAUCAAUGAAUUUCUAAAUAUUAGUAUGUAUACAGAAGAUGUAGCACUUAAAAUUGAACAUAUUCAGAUAAACCUCAGCAAAAUCAUUCUGCUGGAUGAAAUGGGGAAGGAGAAUCUCCUGAAUUUCAGCUCUUCAGGAAUAGAAGGGAUAAACUUUGCAGCAUAUUUGACAGAGAUCAAUAAAAGUGUUACCAAGGUUGAUCUUCUAUCAUUUGCUAAUGACUUAGAAGCAAGAGCAGACCAGCUGCCAAAAGGAGCACUGGAAAAUGCCUUAAAAGGACAUGCAAACAACAUUCGAAUGAUUCACAACCAGCAAGUCGUUCCCCUAGAGCAAGCUAUGAAAUAUGUUAAAGCUAGGAGCACUUUAAAUCAGAGCAUUAGGUUACUGAAGCGGACAUCAUCUGAACUGAUGGUUAAGGUGAAAAAUGUCAUUAGUGCUGUUAAUGCUGCCCAGCUUCUCAUAAAUAACAAUGCUUCUCUAGUUAUUGUCCAGGAGACAAAAAAGUACAUGGAUACCAUAGUUGGCUACUUCGAACAGUAUGUUGAGUGGGUCAAGGAGUCGAUUGCCAUGGAGGUAGCAGCAUGCAAGCCUAUUGCCAAUGUGAUAGAUACAGCAGUAGAUAUUUUUUUAUGCAGCUAUAUAACUGAUUCUGUGAAUACCUUCUGGUUUGGUUUGGGAGGCUCUUCAAUAUUUUUAAUACCUGCCAUAAUUUUUGCUGUAAAACUCUCCAAAUACUACCGUAGAAUGGAUACAGAGGAUGUGUAUGAUGACUCUGUGGAACAGUGGUAACACAUAGUGGAAAAGGGGCUAUACAAAUGAGACUCAAGAUUCCUCUGCAGGAAUAUGUCAUCAUUCUUCCAAGUGUAUUGGCAUUUGCAUUCAUCUCCAAAUCCUGAGCCACUCGUUUUAUGUCACCUGUACUGUAAUUCCCAACUGUACUAUUGAAUGUUAUGCCAUAAACUACUGUACAGAAUAUUCUGCAAUCAGGGCACUGCCUCUCAAAAACCACUGUUCAAGGCUUGAAUUAAAAUGGGGUUUGGUUGUUGGUUUUUUAACUUGUUUUUUACACUGGGCUUUGUACUCUACAUCACAGUAUAGACAUUAAUUAGAUUAAUUGCCUUUGCCUAGCAACCCUUUGACAGUUGGUGGAGUUCUUAACUCGCUGGUUUGUGUUAAAUACAGCUCCUACAUGUUUACAUACAAACACAUUUUGUAUACAAAGACUUUUGUAUAUGUACAUUUUUCUUAAAACUUAGAAGUGUUUUAGUUAAGACUUUAAUACUGUAUAAUACUACUCACAAAAGAAUUUACCAGCAUGAUCAGUGUUGCUAUUUGGUGCUCCUGAAUGCCCGGUUUGGACUAAAUUUGCCAUGUAAUGGGAUCCACAGUGUCUCUUUGUGUCUCUGAAAAGUUCAGUUGCAGUUUUGGCUUUUCCUUUUUUU